AUGAGAUGCCUCUUCUCGACUUGGUGGCCACACACCCUACAACGACGCAAGCAAACCGACGACGAGGACGACGAUGACGACUAUGACGAUGACGAUGAUGAUGACGAUGGCCAUGAAGCAACUCGCCAUCUCGUCAACCAACAGCUCGAAAAACGAGCCGCGUCUCGGCAGUCCGGGAACCGUACGUGGCCGUGGCUGUUGUUCCACGUAGCCCUCGCCGCGACCUACAUGACUUUGAUGCCGUUUCUCCUGCCCGCGUCCUACACUCGACGCGGACAGAGCUGUGUCGCAAAGCUCAACUACUACUCACCGAUCAACGAGGCCAUCCAAGAGGAAUACCUGCACGUCCGGUUCAACGGCUCCCUGUGGCACGACUCGCCGUACAAGGGACCGCCCACGGCCGAGGUCGAGCAGGCAUGGCAGGACCUCAUGGCAUACGGGACCAUCAGCGUCACGGCCGAGGACGUGACGCGCAUCGGGCACAACCUGACGGCGGUGCAGUUCCCCCCGGCAGCUGGAGGCGGCUACCUCGCCGUGGCCACGGGGACGCACCAGAUCCAUUGCCUACACUUUGUCUGGCAGGACCACCACAUGGCCUCGUUCCCCGAGACGCAGGCCACCAGGCAGGGCGCGCCGGACCUGUACGAGCGGCACUACGAGCACUGCGUCGACUACAUCCGGCAGACGCUCAUGUGCAACUUUGACCCCGGCAUCAUCCCGUACUACUGGGUGAGGAGGCACAACCAGCCCACGCCCGACGGCAACACGCGACACAAGUGCGUCAACUGGGACGCUCUGCAGGCCUGGCUGAAGGCGCGGGCCGUGCGGAUGCCCGACGGCUUCGAGUGGCGUCAGCCGCCGGAUGCGGUGCCGCUGCCUGAGAAUCCGUAG